UUUUGACUAUCUUGAAUAAUUUUGACACAUGCGCUCAUUGGACGUCGCAUAAAAACGUAUAGCCAACAUUCCGGUUCAGUGUCGUUCCGGUCGCCGUUGUCGUGAACUCGGUGAAGUUAGUGGUGGAAUUUUUACGUGUGUAACAUCAAAAAAUGGCGUCUGGUGUGACAGUGUCGGACGCGUGCAAAACGACGUACGAGGAGAUCAAGAAGGACAAGAAGCACCGCUACGUCGUGUUCUACAUACGGGACGAGAAGCAGAUCGACGUUGAGACGGUCGGCGAGAGGAACGCGGAGUACGACCAGUUCCUCGAGGACCUGCAGAAGGGCGGCACCGGGGAGUGCAGAUACGGCCUCUUCGACUUCGAGUACACGCACCAAUGCCAGGGCACGUCGGAGGCGAGCAAGAAACAGAAGUUGUUCCUCAUGUCGUGGUGCCCGGACACCGCCAAGGUCAAGAAGAAGAUGUUGUACUCUAGCUCCUUUGAUGCAUUGAAGAAGUCGCUGGUCGGCGUACAAAAGUACAUCCAAGCAACUGACCUCUCUGAGGCUUCCCAGGAGGCCGUCGAAGAGAAACUUCGCGCCACCGACCGUCAAUAAAAUAAUAAUCAGCAUUUAUUUAACCUUUACGCUACGACCGACGUGAUACGCAACGAAAUAUACAUCAUCUGUGUCGUUUAAUCUGUGACCGAAACUGACGUUUUCCACAAUUCUUAGCAUUUCAAAUAUCGAAUUCCAUUUUAGAAUUCACAAUGUCAGAUUUUUUUCAUGGUUUAGUCAUAUUGAACAAACGGACCUGUAUCUGGGUUGUGAAAAAAAAACAAAAGUGACAGAUGGUGUAAACAUUUUGGCGCGUCAACACAGUGAUACGCAUGGGUUCUUUUAUAUUUACGUUUGUCCUUAUGCUUCUUCUGAAUAGAAAUGAGCGGUCAACUUAGUCGGCGGUGUUGUACAGAUAUAGUAAAAUGCUAUAUUAGGAUACAGGCCGACUGAAUUAGCUAAUAAGGGAUCGUUUAAGUAAUAAUUUAAAUUAUACUAAUUAUUAUAUAUAUUUUUCCUAUAAACUAAAGAGUAAGUUAAGCUCAAACUAAAUUAAAUACAGUGACGCGUGUGCGUUUUUAAUUUUUUUUUUUUAACGAAAACAGGUGACGCCGGUCGGCUUUUUAUACUAUUUAGAUGUAAAAAGGUACGAUUUUUAUACAAUUGCCUAGUUUUGAUUUUGAGAUAGAACUGGCUAAUUGCUUGUAACGGCUCGGACCCAGCGGGCGGUUGAAUAAGUAUUUUGUAACCAAUUUAUCCAGAAAUACACUCGAUAUAAGUGAAA